AUGACGGACGCCUCGGACGACGACGACGCGACGUCGUCGGAGAUAUCGUCUCUGUUCCACGGCGGCGACUCCGGAGAGGCGACGUCGCCGCCGUCGCCGAUCCCGCGCGCGGACGCGGACGCCGAUCUCGCCGAUCUCGCGUCGUCGACGAGCGCGCGCGCGUCGUCGUCGUCGUCGUCGUCGUCCGCGUCGCUCGAAGCGGCUCAACACUCGUCGCCGUCCGCGCGCUCCGUCGCCUCGACCGCCGCGCCGAGCGCGGAGGAGAUCGCGUCGCUGACGCGCGCGCUCGAGCGCGUCGGCGCCGCGGACGGCGACGGCGACGGCGACGGCGAGAGGCUCGCGCGGCCGUCGCGCGUCGUCGCGCCGCCGGCGCGCCUCUCCGUCUCGCCGUCAUCGGCCGUUUCGAGAUCGAGCGACGCGCGCGCCUCGACGCGCCCGCCGCGACGCGCGCGAUCCUCCUCGGUCUCGGUCUCCUCGUCGUCCGCGCCACCUCGGACGAUCGCGUCGUCGACCGCGGACGGCGCGCUCGCGCUCGCGUCCUUCGGCGAGCGCGGCGGUGCCGGCGCGCUGACGACCGCGGCGAGCGAGGAGACGCGCGCGUGGCGACGCGCGUCCCCGAUCGUCCGCCGAUGGCUCGAAGAGAAGGAGCGCAAGGCGGCGUCGCUCGCGCGGCUCAAGACGCGACGCGCGCGCGCGGACGUGAGCUGGAUCGUGAACCGACGGAAGCACCAGAUGGCCAUCUUCCGCAGAGACCGCGCGAACGACGAGCGCGAGGCGCGCAGGGAGCUCGUCGCCGCGCGGUCGGACGGCGCGCUCGCGCUUCUUCUCGGGCGACCCGAUCCGUCGUCUCCGUCGUCGCCCUCGCCGCGGCGUCGUCCGCGCGACGACGCCGACGCCGACGCCGACGUGACCGCCGCGUCGAUGAUGUCCGCGCUCGCGCUCGCGCCGUCGCUCCCGCUCCCUUCUCGACGCCCGCCCGCGGGCGCGCCCCCCGCGAGGGACAUCACGCGCCGCCGCCACUCGCCGCCGCCGUCGCCGACGAAGACGCGCCGAGCGCCCGGCGUGGCGUUGCCGUGGACGCGCCUCGCGCCGCCGGCGCCAAAGACGCGGACGAAGCAGACGAGCGUGUGGAUCGAGCCCGGGCGGUUCGUGACGACGACGACGGUGGUGACGACGACGACGAAGCGCUCGGGUAGCGCGCUGCUCCCGCGGUGGUCCACGGCGUCGAGCGACGGGUCCGUGCCGUUCGAGGCGGUGGCGGGGAGAUACACGGGGUCGGACAACUACGCGGACUACAUAUGA